GUGCGUUGCUCAGUCAGUAUCAGUAGCGUUUCUUUGCUCGUUGACUACAAAUAAAACAUAGGUACCUAGUGAUUAUAUUCCUUUUUGACUAGAACUUGAGACGAGAAAAUAAUACACGAUGAAACAACAAUAGUAAUAAUAGUAAAAAUAUUUAAUAAAUUGACUGAGAUUUAUGACAGAAUACGAAAAGUUGCCCAUUUCGACAUGUCGCAAGGUAGCUCAGCUAUAAAAUCAGACUUUUUAGAAAUUUCAGAAUAUAAUUACACAUGGCCAGGUGAAAAUGGUACACUUCAAGAUUUUGGGACUAUAAAUUAUACAAUGCCGUCGGGUCCAUGGUAUUGGCCGUGGUGUCCAUUGUGGAGAAAUCCUCAACAUCCUUUAUUUCAAUUAUCCAAUAUAUUUUUUGUGGCAUCAUAUUGUGCACCUAGUACAAAAAAAGGACAACUUUGGAUGCACACAAUAUUAAUAUUUGGAUUCAUGCUGUACUCCAUUUGGGCUUGGCACAUGAUUUGCUCGCCAGACGCCUUCUCUUGGAACUUUGGAUUUAUGUUCCUCAAUCUAGCGCAAGUCGUGUAUCUGGUGUAUGAGAUGAGACCAGUAAAAUUCGACCCAGAGCUCGAAGAAGUGUACCAUACGUUGUUUGAGCCAUUCAAGGUAACUAGAUUGCAAUUCAAGAGGAUGGUGUCUCCUGACUUUGCCCAUGUAAUGUCGUUACACGCGGGAGAAGCAUACGCCAUGCAGAACCUUACUAAGACUGAUCGACUUGGCCUACUGCUGUCAGGAAAAGUGAACGUGAUGAGUGGGCACCAGUUCCUUCACCCGAUUCUACCUUGCGAGUUCCUAGACUCACCUGAGUUCGAAUCCAGUAGAGCAACUAUAGAUGAAAAAUUUAAAGUAUCGAUAGUGGCCGCCUCUUCCUGUCGGUAUGUAUACUGGCAGCGGAGUUCUCUCGAAUAUCUAUUCGUCAAGGAGGCGUACCUGGCGAGCGUGGUAUCCACUCUGAUAGCCCGGGACAUCACCACAAAGUUAUAUGCGAUGAACAACAAGAUAGUGACGGAGAGGGGCUCUCACUUGGACAUAAGGUUGCCGAGUAUAUCCCACGCGUUGGCUCGAAGCCCUAGAAGGCUGCGGUCGACACAAGCUAAGCCGCCGCCGCCGCCGACUACAGUGCAACCCGUGCCUCCUUUGAAACGCCCUAAUUAUUGGGCACGCGAAACCGAUCAUCUUAUGGCCACAGUGAAAAGAAAUGGCAUUCCAAGUCCAUCAUACGAAGGCGGCGACGAAGAGCUGAUGCCGUUGGCAGCUCACGAGGCGCCCGCUGCUUCUUCUGAUGAUCUGUCAGUCGCCGACAGCUGUCAGGACACCUCGUCCAAAUACCACAGCUGCGAGGCGGUGGAAACCGAUGACGAACUUAGGCAUUAAAUGUUUCGUUCACCAAA